AUGCAGCCAGUUUUGAGUCAACCAUGUUCCUGGAUGCUUCAGGUACUGCUGAUGUCAAACGUUCUCCUGUGGGAGAAUGUGUACUCCAUGCCAGUGUGCUUUGACAUGGAAGGAUACAAUGACAUACCCAUUUUAGAACUCUUUGACAGUGCUAUUUUCACUGCUCAAUACAUCUCUAACCUCACCACACAAAUGGCUGAGGAGUUUGACACAAAAUUUGCUCAUAGCCUUGGGUACAGAGCGAAGAACUUCAGCACCUGUCACGCUACUUCGCUUGCUACCCCUGCAAACGUUGAGCAAAUCCAACAGACACAAUCAGAUGUCCUUCUGAAGAUCAUGAUCAGCAUUUCACGUGCCUGGUACUACCCUCUGAAACAACUUGUGCGUGUAGUGGCUAUUCUUGAAGGGGCCUAUGAGACCUUGCUGUUGAAAGUCAAAGAAGUGAAGGAAGCAAACCAAGACAUUCUAGAAGAAAUCAAGGCAAUCCUUAUCAGGGUUCAUCCUGGAGCUGAAGAAAAAGUCUACACUGCUUCAAUGGCACUGGCAGAUGUGAGGUCAACCAAUGAAGAUAUCCGACGCUUUGUUGUUAGUAACCUACUCCAUUGCCUGGAUAGUGAUAUUGACAAAGUUGCCACUUAUCUUGAGGUCCUGAAGUGCCGCAUCAUCCAGAACAACAAAUGCUAA